AUGGCUCCUGAUUGGACUGAACUCCCUGGCAAUGGCGUGGCAUUCCUCAGUUUGUCACUAUUAUUCACGUUUCUAGGCGUCUGUGCCUUUUCGGCGAGGACAUACACCAGCUGGACCUGCACCAAACGAUUUCGUCUCGACUACUGGCUGUCGCUCUUUACAUUCACUCUUCUAUGCGUCAGCCAGUCGUUUUUUGCGGUGAGCAUUGUGUUUGGUAUUGGAGCCCACAUGCAAGGGCUCCGGCCUCAUGAAAUAGUCGUGGCUAUGCGUACGAGUUGGAUCAACAUGAUCUCGGCAAUAAUCGCCAUUGUCACUGGGAAGCUCUCGAUCAUUGCAUUUCUGGACCAGAUCAGGGGCCGUCAUCAAGGGCGACCGUGGUUCCUCUGGUUUAUCGGAGCGUCCAACAUCAUCGUCAAUAUAACGGUGGUCAUCACUAUCCUGUUACAGUGCUCACCAGUCGAGAAGAUAUGGGACAACAGCGUACCCGGAAACUGCGACGGACGACCAUUGAAUUUGAAUUAUGCAUAUUUUCAGGGCAGCUACUCUGCUGUCUCGGAUGCUGUUCUUGCCAUCUAUCCCAUCUAUCUGAUUUGGGGACUGCAAGUAACAUUGCGGAUGAAGGUUGGCCUCUGCUUCCUCCUUGGGUUUGGACUCAUUGCAGCCGCGUGUUCCGCUCUCAAAACGGCGGAGCUGAGAAAUCUUCAACAUGCCGACGAGGAAGACGACAUUACGUUCUUUGUCGCUCGUCUGUCCUUGACCACCAUUAUCGAGGCUUGGAUAGUGCUAGUGGCAAGUCACCCCUACCAAAGAUACGACAAGUACGGUAUGCCAUCUUUGGGUGGUAGGGUAGUGAGUAGUACCGGAAAGAUCCUUAGGGCAAGCUUGACGAGUCGUGCCAUCACUGGAAAUCACACCCGUGUGUACUAUGACCCUAAGGGAGAUGCGGGGACAGAGUUCGAGAUGCAUAAGCCCACUGUCAGGGGGGCAAGUGACAGCGAUAAGACUUUGGUGCCUCUGAAAGACCCGGGCAAAGCGAUCGUAAUGACUCGGGUAACGGACGUGGAUUUCUCUUGA